AUGGGGGCAUGUAAGACGGCGUCUACGUGUUCCCCGGAUGAGGCUCAAGGCAUGCAUGUGUUUCAUAUCUUGGGCUACAGCAAGCACAGGGGCAUGGGCAAAGACCCCGAUAGCUUCAUAAUAUCCAGGAUUUUCACUGUUGUCGGCCACGACUGGGCCAUCCGCCUCUACCCUGACGGAUACAGCAUAGCAUAUCUAGAUUACAUCUCAGUUUAUCUCGAGCUUAUGAGUAACAACACUAAAGUCCGGGCAUCUUGCGACCUGAGGCUUGUUGACCAAUUUACCGGGUUAUCGUAUUCAGCGCAAAAAACAGGGCCUAGGAUUUUCAAUUUCGACGAUUCCACUGGGUUUGCUCCAGAGUUCUGUGAGUUCAAAAGACGAAGCCAUAUCGAGGGAUCCGCAUACCUUAGGGAUGAUCACCUGACGAUAGAAUGCAUCAUCACUGUUAUAAAAAAGCCACAUGUUGCCGAUACCAAACCAUUCCCCAAGAUUGACAUGCCACCAUCUGACAUGACUGCGCAUGUUGGCAGGCUGCUGGAAGAAAAGGAGGGAUUUGAUGUUAGUUUCAUUGUUGGGGAAGAAACCAUUGAAGCGCAUAGGUUCGUUCUUGCUAUGCGGUCACCUGUUCUGAAAGCAGAGCUCUACGGGUUGACGAGGGAGGCGAGGCCGCCGGGGCAGUCCAUAACCAUCAAGGACAUGCAACCUGCCGUUUUCAAGGCCCUGCUUCAUUUCAUCUAUACUGACUCUUUGCCGGGAGACAUGGAUCUUGAGGGAGGUAAGGAUACUGACAUGGUCCGGCUUCUGCUAGUGGCUGCAGAUAGAUAUGCCAUGGAGAGGCUCAAGCUGGUUUGCCAAAGCAUCCUUUGUGAGGAUCUGAACGCGGUCACCGUGGCAACCACAUUGGCUUUAGCUGACCAACAUAACUGCCACAAGCUUAAGGAUGCUUGCCUUGAAUUUAUGGAAAUGUCAGAUGACAUGGAUGCUGUGGUGGCAACCCAAGGCUUCAAGGAUGUCAAGGCAAGUUGCCCAUCUCUCAUAGUGGACGCAUUGGAGAAGAGAAGAAAGUUUCGUAAAGCAUGA